CAGUGGGAUCUUGUAUGUAGUCGGUCGGUUCUUGCACAAUCCUCACAAACCGCUCUAGUGCUGGGCGUGAUAAUCGGUGCAGUUUCAUUCACCAUGAUAUCGGAUAAUAUCGGUAGAAAGCCGGUAUUCUUUGCUUCACAUUUCUUCAUGGUGAUCGUCGGUGUGGCUGUCACACUUACCGACAAUUAUUACGUCUUUCUGUUUUUGAGGCUUUUGACGGGUGCUUUCCAGCAGGGCAUCUUGUUGUGCGGUUUCAUAAUGGCGUGCGAGUUGUUCUCGGCGAAGCAUCGAACGUUUGCGGGCACAGUGGGUGAGGUCACCUGGGGCGUAGCUGCAUCCAUUCUGCCCCUCUUUGCCUGGGCCUUCCACAAUUGGAUUCAUUUUCAACUUUUCAUCAGUUUGACUGGAUUGCUGGUUCUUCCGCUUUAUUGGUUGGUUCGUUGUUCGGUGAGAAUCAUUUGGUUGUACGCCAACAACCGCAUUGACGAAGCUGAAAAAAUAAUCAAACACGCCGCCAAACUCAACAAAAUCACCUUCCCGGACAAAUUCUUGCAGCACCAGGCACUUGUGCAGAAACAUGGAAGGAGGUCGAGAACAACGUCCGAAUCAGCUGAUAAGGUGACGUCGAAGAAAGAACAACAAAUUGAUCAAAAAGUUCAAACUGAAUUAAAAGUGAAUCCAACUUCAAGAAAUGAGAUGGUAGUAACGUUGGUAUACUACGGACUGAUCCUGACCACAGCCCAACUGGCAGGCGACAGAUAUUUGAACGGAUUCUUCAAUGCGCUCGUUGAGGUUCCGGCCUAUCUGACUUCAUAUUUUGCACUGGCCAAAUUUGGAAGACGCAAGCCUUUGAUGGCGUAUUUUGCCAUAGCCGGAUUGCCCCUUUUCAUAUCGCCGUUCAUCCCCAAGCAGACGGAAGUGCUGAACAUAAUGCUAUACCUGGUCGGGAAGUUUGGAAUCACCGGCGCGUUUGGAAUCGUCUUUCUCUAUGCUUCUGAAAUGUUUCCCACUAACCUUAGAGGGCAAGCUCUUGGAAUUUGCUCGAUGGCAGGCAGAUUAGGAAAUUUUAUCGCUACCUUCGUCUCAUACCUCAUUGAGAAACAUCCGAACGUACCAAGCUUGGCAUUCGGCAGCCUCUCCAUCAUUUCAGCCUUCCUCGUCUUCUUACUGCCUGAAACUCACAACAGACCUCUGCCUGACACCAUCGAAGAAAUUGAAGCCUGGAAAGAGAAGCCGUCCAAAAUUCACUGCUGGACAGGUGCAAAUGUGGCCGACAAGAAGAGUAAGGAUCUUGAAGAAGAUUGA